AUGGAUUUUGAGCCGUCAGUACUUAUUGGAGAGAUUCGAUGUGUGUGUGGUGCUACAUCCGUGGAAGGAUACCGUGGGCAAUGGCUACAAUGCUGGAAAGAAGAUUGUGGUGUUUGGGAGCAUGCCGAUUGCGUUGGAUUUUUGACAAGUUUCGAAACCCGCCCACUAUUCAAGUAUCUUUGCAGUCGUUGUGACCCUGAGUCAUACUUGGCACGUUGUUUGAAAGCAUCUCAACGAAUUCUGGACUGGCUGUUUCAGUGUUGUGACAGUAGAAACUCGAAGAAGUUGAUGGAUUUACUUGAAGGCAAUAUUGGGGCUGAUAACCUCCCAUCCGAUUGGAAAAAUGCGAAUUAUGGAAACAGGACUCUAGCGAUGCAUGCUGCACGUAAUAGCCUUACCAAAUGCUUGUGCUACUUGGUAGAUAAGCGCAAGGCGAACCUUUUUGAGACGGAUUCACAGAGUCGUAAUGCACUGCACCACGCUGCGCUUGGUGGAUCCCCCGCGUGUUGUCAAGUUCUACUGAAACGUGAUCGAAAACUGCUGCUUCACCAAGAUUUACGAGGUUGCUUGCCUUUCCACUUGAUGCUGCAAUCAGCUAAAGUAAACUACCUGUGUGUCCCAUUUAUCAGGGAGGACUUGGCGCUAGUGGGUAUGGGCGAUCUAGACUCCAACUUCCCAAUUCACUACGUUUGCCAGGCUAUCAGCAGGUACACAGUAGAGAUCUGCCGAAUGAUCUUAGCUGCUCAGCCGUCAAUGCUUCGGGAGAAGUCCAGCGAUGGCUUAUACCCUUUGAUGAUUUUCGCGAAGGACAUUAUCGCGCUGAUGCUUGAUAUCGACGUGUUUGGAGACUGUUUGAACCAGACGGCACCCAAUGGAUGGCCUCCACUUCAUUUCGCAGCAGCGUCGGGUAAUCACGAGCUUGGAUCUGACCAAACAGCUCUUCAUAUUGCGGCACACAACAAUCAUUCGCUGUGUGUCCGUGCACUUUUGCAGGAAGGAUUAAAUGUUGUGGCAAAAGAUACGGACGGGUGGAUUCCAAUGCUGUACGCGGAAGAUGCUGUCUGCGCUCAGGAGUUUAUGCACUACAAGCUGACAAAGCAACUUUCGAGGCUGCAUCGGAUGCUGGGCAAAUUCCAGCAGAGAGGGCUUGUCCGUCGAUGGCAGCGUUGUGUAGCACAGGACCCGACAUGCUUCGAUAUUCUCAAUGAUUGGUGCCACAGUGAUACAGAACGGAUCGAGCGAAUGGAAGGGCUCUUGCUGUCGAGCCCGUUUUUACUCCGUCUGGACAACAAGAUGGAUUACAAAAAGCUCGCUUUCACCUUUUCGCGCAAAAAUGGUUGUUUCUGGAAGCAAUUCGUUAGUAUGGGUUUGCAGCUAGAGCCUGAAGAUUUUCGGUUGCCGAUCAUUUUCUCCAUCGAACGAGGCAACUCGAGCAACCAAGGUGUCGAGAAUCGUGAGGGCAAUCUGAAGCUUGUGCUGGUUCGACUAGCGGCGGGAUUGCUCAGGGAAGUACCAGGUUUGCUUGAACGCAGCUCAAGUGACGAUUUGGAGAAGACGCCGCUCUCUUCUGACAAGGAGGAACUGGCAGCGCAAUUGCUAGGUUUUUUCAUGCUGGGUGAGCUGAUUGCACACUUUGUGCUUUAUGCAGUCCCUUUAAGUGGAAUCCUAGACUUCACUGCAGCGUUUUUGCGAUGUAUCGGUUGCAAAGGGAAGUAUCGUUUGGCACGUGAUAAGGCUUGGGAAAACGCUGGACGCUCAUUCGCUGCAGGAUUCGAGGCUGUGCUGCCAGCAACUCUUGAUCUCUUUCGCGCCGAUGAGCUCCGUGUGCUUUUCAACGGCCCCGAUAUGAGCCUCAACGCUAUGCAGAUCGACUGGAAUACCGCGGUUAACUGGAACAUGAGCGGACACGAAGUAAUAGGAGACAAGGAAGUUGGAAGUGCGAAGACGUGGUUGCCUCGCUUAAUUAACGAGCUAGUGGAGGAGGAGCAACAACUUGUACUGCUGUUCAUGACGGGCACAUUCCAGUUAGUAAACGAGCGCUUUUUUCGGGCUGAAGGGAAUUCUGGGCGUAUUACGGUUGAGUCUUUUCUCGAGACCGACGGCAUGCUGGACCACGACAAGAUGUAUCCGUCGAUGGAGCACAAGGCAGGUAUACUACGACUUCCGUCUUAUUCAUGCUACGAAGCUUUCAAGAAAGGGAUGCUAGCUGCCAUUCGUCAUACCAACCAAGCAUUUCUUCCGGAAUAA